AGAUCCUUGUCUGUCUCGCGUGGCGUGCAGACGCAAUGCUCUUCCUCUUUCUUCACUCCACCGCUUCGGCCAGGAAAAAUUCCCGGCAGCCCCCCUUUGCCUCCUCCUGUUAUAACCUUACCUACCUCCCCUCUUUUUGCCCUUACUACUUUGUUGUUAAUCAUUUCAUGGACGGAAGAGGAGGAGGAGGAGGCGGCCAAGCCGCAGCGAUGAUUCCAACCUCAGCGGCGACGAGCGGAAUUUCGAAUUCUCCGCCUCCUUUUCUUAGCAAAACAUAUGACAUGGUCGACGAUCCAUCCACGGAUUCGAUUGUGUCGUGGAGUAAAAGUAACAACAGCUUUGCUGUCUGGAACGUGCCUGAGUUUUCUAGACAUCUCUUGCCUAAGUACUUCAAGCACAACAACUUCUCUAGCUUCGUCAGACAGUUGAAUACUUAUGGUUUCAGGAAGGUUGAUCCAGAUCGCUGGGAGUUUGCAAAUGAAGGGUUUCUUAGAGGUCAGAAACACCUUCUGAAGAUCAUAAGCAGAAGGAAACCUGUCCAUGUAAAUAACUAUCAACAAGCUCCUCAAUUCCAAGGGAAAUCAGUUCCUCAAGUCCAGGGGAAAUCAGUUCCUCAAGUCCAGGGGAAAUCAGUCGUGUCUUGUGUUGAAGUUGGGAAGUUUGGGCUUGAGGAAGAGGUUGAAAGAUUAAGAAGGGAUAAGAAUGUCCUUAUGCAGGAGCUGGUCAGAUUGAUGCAGAAGCAGCAAGCAACCGAUCACCAGUUGCAAGCUGUUGGGCAGCGUGUUCAAGUGAUGGAGCAGCGGCAAAAGCAAACCAUGUCAUUCCUUGCAAAGGCCAUGCAGAACCCUGGCUUCCUAGCUCAGCUAGUACAACAGCCGAAUGAAAACAACAGGUCCAAUCCUAAAGUUAACAAGAAAAGGAGACUCCCAAACAAGGAAGAAGAAAGUAAUUCAGUCUGCAAAUUUGGCCCUACCUCACCUGAUGGACAGAUUGUCAAUUAUCAACCUUUAAUGAAUGAAGCAGCAAAAGCAAUGCUGCUGCAAAUCUUGAAUCUCAAUGCAUCUCCUAGGUUGGAAUCUACUGUCAACCACCCCAAUCUCCUGAUUGGUAGCGUACCUUCUCCAUCCAGUGCAUUAGGUAGGGGUAGCUCUUCCAGUCGAACUUCUGGAGUGACCCUUUCAGAGGUUCUACCAAUGUCUUCAGAGUCUUGCUUAUCAGCAGAGAUAGGUUUACCUUUCAGCUGUCCCUCAGCUGCAGUUUCUGACAUCGAAUCUUCCCCUUCCAUGGCAUCUGGCCCAAUUAAAGUAGCUCAGUUCCCCGAAAUUAACAGUAGUUUGGCAGAAGAUAAAGUUCUGUUUGAUUUCUCCGAAGUGUGGGGAAUCUUGCCAGAAAGCACAUUUGAAGUCUCUGGGUUGAACUUUGGGGAAUCAGAUACUGGGAACACAGAAUAUAGGAAUUUAAUGUCUGGAUUCAUCAAUGGUCCAAUGCCUGUUGUGACUAAUGAUCUCUCUUCUGACACUGAGGUUGAUGUUAUGGUGGAUGAGAUUCCCAAGCUUCCAGGGAUAAAUGAUGCUUUCUGGGAACAGUUUCUUUCAGUGAGCCCACUUACUGGGAAUGCAGAUGAGAUUGGUUCAAAUGAAGUGGAAGGCAGUAUUGGCAAGGAAGAGGAUCUACCGACAGGUUGGGAAAUUGGAUUGGACAAGACCCAGCGUAUGAAUCAUCUUACGGAACAAAUGGGACUUCUUGCAUCAGAGGCCCAAAUGGGGUGACCUUGCCUUCUUUAUUGUGUAUCUGCAUGUGUCAUCUAGAGAGACUUGUUCACAAUCUUCUUGCUGAUUAAUUUCCUAAUCCUAGACCUCUAUUGAUGUGGAAGUGGAACCCAAAGGCCUGAGUUGUGUUUCAGACAAGCAAAAACCUGUUGAGAUUUCUACCUUUAAUAUGGUUCUGUACAGGUCAAUGUUCUGCAACUGCUUGGACGAUGCUUUUGUUCAACGCCUAGAUGGCCGGUUUGUGGUUGAUGCUUUAAAAAUGUUGGCUUUUUGUCUGUAGUUCAUAGACCUCUCAGACAUAGCUCAUGCAGUGUCCUUUAUAUUAGCACUGCUUUAUGAUGCAAUGACACGCUUUCAUGUAUUCUGGUAAAUAAUUAGUCCUCGGUGAGAGGAUUGAUUUGAAGGAUGAAUUGUAUCGAGUACCCCAUGUAAAUGUUUUGCGAUGGAUUACUACUGGCCCCACUUAUAACACCAGCUGUGAAACCCGCUUUGAAUUCAA